AUGGCGGAAAACAAAGGCGGCGGCGAGGCUGAGAGCGGCGGCGGGGGCAGCGGUAGCGCGCCGGUAACUGCCGGGGCCGCCGGGCCCGCGGCGCAGGAGGCGGAGCCGCCUCUCGCCGCGGUGCUGGUAGAGGAGGAGGAGGAGGAAGGCGGCAGGGCGGGCGCGGAGAGCGGCGCGGCCGGGCCCGACGACGGGGGGGUGUCCGCGGCCUCCUCCGGCUCGGCCCCGGCUGCCUCAGCCCCUGCGGCCUCAGUGGGCCCUGGAGUUCCCGGGGGCGCGGUAUCGACGCCGGCCCCAGCUCCAGCCUCGGCUCCCGCUCCGGGUCCGUCGGCGGGGCCGCCUCCUGGACCGCCAGCCUCGCUCCUGGACACCUGCGCCGUGUGUCAGCAGAGCUUGCAGAGCCGGCGUGAGGCGGAGCCCAAGCUGCUGCCCUGCCUUCACUCCUUCUGCCUGCGCUGCCUGCCGGAGCCGGAGCGCCAGCUCAGCGUGUCCAUCCCGGGGGGCAGCAACGGCGACAUCCAGCAAGUUGGUGUAAUACGGUGCCCAGUAUGCCGCCAGGAAUGCAGACAGAUAGACCUUGUGGAUAAUUAUUUUGUGAAAGAUACAUCUGAAGCUCCUAGCAGUUCUGAUGAGAAAUCAGAACAGGUAUGUACUAGUUGUGAAGACAAUGCAAGUGCAGUUGGCUUUUGUGUAGAAUGUGGAGAGUGGCUAUGUAAGACAUGUAUUGAAGCACAUCAAAGAGUAAAAUUCACUAAAGAUCACUUGAUCAGGAAGAAAGAAGAUGUCUCAGAAUCUGUUGGAGCAUCUGGUCAGCGCCCUGUUUUCUGCCCUGUACACAAACAAGAACAAUUGAAACUUUUCUGUGAAACAUGUGAUAGAUUGACAUGUAGAGACUGUCAGCUAUUGGAACACAAAGAACAUAGAUACCAGUUUUUGGAAGAAGCUUUUCAAAACCAGAAAGGUGCAAUUGAGAAUCUACUGGCUAAGCUUCUUGAGAAGAAGAAUUAUGUUCAUUUUGCAGCUACUCAGGUGCAGAAUAGGAUAAAAGAAGUAAAUGAGACUAACAAACGAGUAGAACAGGAAAUUAAAGUGGCCAUUUUCACCCUUAUCAAUGAAAUUAAUAAGAAAGGAAAAUCUCUCUUACAGCAGCUAGAGAACGUUACAAAAGAAAGACAGAUGAAGUUACUGCAGCAGCAGAGCGACAUCACAGGCCUUUCCCGGCAGGUGAAGCACGUUAUGAACUUUACGAACUGGGCAAUUGCGAGUGGCAGCAGCACAGCACUACUGUACAGCAAGCGACUGAUUACUUUUCAAUUGCGCCAUAUUUUGAAAGCACGGUGUGAUCCUGUGCCUGCUGCUAAUGGAGCAAUUCGUUUCCAUUGUGAUCCCACCUUCUGGGCAAAGAAUGUAGUCAAUUUAGGUAAUCUAGUAAUAGAGAGUAAACCAGCUCCUGGUUAUACUCCUAAUGUUGUAGUUGGGCAAGUUCCUCCAGGGACAAACCACAUUAGUAAAACCCCUGGACAGAUUAACUUAGCACAGCUUCGACUCCAGCACAUGCAACAGCAAGUAUAUGCACAGAAACAUCAGCAGUUGCAACAGAUGAGAAUGCAGCAGCCCCCUGCACCUGUAUCAACAACCACAACAACAACACAGCAGCACCCUAGACAAGCAGCCCCACAGAUGUUACAGCAACAGCCUCCGAGAUUGAUCAGUGUGCAAACAAUGCAAAGAGGCAACAUGAACUGUGGAGCUUUCCAAGCCCAUCAGAUGAGAUUGGCUCAGAAUGCUGCCCGAAUACCAGGGAUACCCAGGCACAGCGGCCCUCAGUAUUCCAUGAUGCAGCCACACCUCCAAAGACAACACUCAAACCCAGGGCAUGCUGGACCCUUUCCUGUUGUGUCGGUGCACAACACCACAAUCAAUCCAACCAGCCCUACUACAGCUACCAUGGCAAAUGCAAAUCGAGGUCCCACCAGCCCAUCUGUUACAGCAAUAGAGCUAAUCCCCUCAGUUACCAAUCCUGAAAACCUUCCAUCACUGCCAGAUAUUCCACCCAUACAGUUGGAAGAUGCUGGUUCAAGUAGUUUAGAUAAUCUACUAAGUAGAUACAUCUCAGGCAGUCAUCUACCCCCACAGCCUACAAGCACCAUGAAUCCCUCCCCAGGACCCUCUGCCCUAUCUCCAGGAUCAUCAGGUUUAUCCAAUUCUCACACACCUGUGAGACCCCCUAGUACCUCUAGUACUGGCAGUCGAGGCAGCUGUGGGUCAUCAGGAAGAACUGCUGAGAAGACAGGUCUUAGUUUCAAGUCUGAUCAAGUGAAGGUCAAGCAAGAACCUGGGACUGAAGAUGAAGUAUGUAGCUUUUCAGGAGCUGUGAAACAAGAAAAGACAGAGGACGGCAGGAGGAGUGCCUGCAUGUUGAGCAGUCCUGAGAGUAGCUUGACACCACCUCUUUCAACCAACCUGCAUCUAGAGAGUGAGUUGGAUGCAUUAGCAAGCCUGGAAAACCAUGUGAAAACUGAACCUGCAGAUACAAAUGAAAGCUGCAAACAGUCAGGGCUCAGCAGCCUUGUUAAUGGAAAGUCCCCGAUUCGAAGCCUCAUACACAGGUCGUCAAGAAUUGGAGGAGAUGGCAGUAGCAAAGAUGAUGAUCCAAAUGAAGACUGGUGUGCUGUCUGCCAAAAUGGAGGGGAUCUCUUGUGCUGUGAAAAAUGUCCAAAGGUCUUUCAUCUAACUUGUCAUGUUCCAACACUUCUUAGCUUUCCAAGUGGGGACUGGAUAUGCACAUUUUGCAGAGAUAUUGGGAAACCAGAAGUUGAAUAUGAUUGUGAUAAUUUGCAACAUAGUAAGAAGGGGAAAACUGCACAAGGGUUAAGCCCCGUGGACCAAAGGAAAUGUGAACGACUUCUGCUUUACCUCUAUUGCCAUGAAUUAAGUAUUGAAUUCCAGGAGCCGGUUCCUGCUUCGAUACCAAACUACUAUAAAAUUAUAAAGAAACCAAUGGAUUUAUCCACCGUGAAAAAGAAGCUUCAGAAAAAACAUUCCCAACACUACCAAGUCCCAGAUGACUUUGUGGCUGAUGUCCGUUUGAUCUUCAAGAACUGUGAAAGGUUUAAUGAAAUGAUGAAAGUUGUUCAAGUUUAUGCAGAAACACAAGAGAUUAAUUUGAAGGCUGAUUCAGAAGUAGCUCAGGCAGGGAAAGCAGUUGCAUUGUACUUUGAAGAUAAACUCACAGAGAUCUACUCAGACAGGACCUUCGCACCUUUGCCAGAGUUUGAGCAGGAAGAGGAUGAUGGUGAGGUAACUGAGGACUCUGAUGAAGACUUUAUACAGCCCCGCAGGAAACGCCUAAAGUCAGAUGAGAGACCAGUACAUAUAAAGUAAAGUGACAUGAACUUAAAUAAUUGUUUAAAAAAAAAAAGAGAGAGAGAGAAAAGAAAACCUUUUAUUUAAGUGUUGCUGGAAUAUCCUGCCUACAGUGGGCACCUCCUUGAAGAAGCUGAUAGCUUUUACACAGUAUUAGAUUGAAGUAAUGGACAGAAGUCACUUCUUGUCAAGAAAGGGGGAGAGAACUCUGUUUGCAACUUUAAAAGUAAAAACAAAAAGCAAAAGUGAAAUGAUGUGAAGAUUUCUGUAACUAAAGAGGAUGGUUCUUUAGAAUGGCAGUUGGUGAUCAUGUGGUAUUGAUUGGUGCAGGAUGCUGGGCAUACAAGUACAUACUUGUCAUGUCGCUUGAUAAAUUAUUUCUUUGGACAAGAGUGCACAGAUACUAAAAACAACUUUCACGUCUCCCCUUCCACACACAUACAUACUGGUUUGUUUUCUAGCUAAAAUCAGAGUUGCUCAGAUUCCACUUUGAUGUCAUUGCAGAUGUGCAUUGAAUCAUGCCAUGACAUUUUUUCUCACUUUGAUGCUGUUGGGCCUUAGUUUUUAUAUUGGUUUAAAGAACUCAACAGUAGUUUUAUUUUCUGUUUAUACCUAGAGUCUAGGAAACAUCAGUGAUCAUCAUUUAAUCACUUUUAAUGGUCUGCUGAAAUAAAUACGGUAACUUUUCAGCAGCAGAUCUUAUAGUAGUCAUUUCCAGGAAAACACUUCCACACAAUUGCACUUCCCAGUCAGACCAUCUGAUCAUACAGUUACUCCCAUCAAAGGCAGAAUGUUUGUUUUAAAAUUAAUCUAGUUUUCUGUACAUUUGAAUUUGAUUGAGAAGGUGACAACUGGCUCUUAUCCAGUCUUCCUUCAUAUCAGUUUUCUGAUAGACCACUAUUGGCAAACAGUAAUCUGUCAACUACCAAAUGUGUAAAAUUUUCUGUAUUUCACUUUGUCUUAUUUGUAAAUAGUGAACUAAAACUUCUGGCAGAUCAGCAACAUUUGCUGAGCCUGUUUUUUAAGCUAAUGUGUAUUCUUACUAAUGUUCCUAUCAAGAAUGGAUUUGUAAUAUAUGCUGUCUAUUUCUAAUGUUCACAUUCAUAUUUUGAGGUUCUAUCUUAUUUUAAUAGAGAACAGACUUCUCAGAAAAUCUUCAGAAGCAGCUUAUUAUUAAAUAUCAAACUAUUGAAAUAAACCCGGUGGGGUUAGAUUACUCAUCUGUCCACCAAGUGGGACAUUUGCAUGGACUGGGGGCUUAACGGACUUAGAAGAGGCCUGUAAGUAAAUCCUGAAAAUGAGCCAAUCCCCACUUGAAUGGUUACUGGAGUAAACCCACCUUUACUACCCUGAGUUCAGCCCCUGAGGCAGAUAAACCACCUUGGCUUGGUUUCAUUUUUCUUCUCUUCAUUUGUGAUGCUCAGAUCCAAGAUGUGUGUUCUAGACUGUGUACAGGCUUCUCUUUUGUUGGAUUAAAAAUUUAGUCCUACUUUUGUAUGGACACCUUAGAAUAAAAGUGACCAAAAUAGAAGACUUGCCAUUAGAUAUUUUUCAGACGUCAGCAGAUUUGUGGCAAAUCAUUUGCCUUUUUAAAACUUUGGCUUCUGCAGUUCAGACAGUAGACUACUCAGUAAAAAUUAUUUGGCAUAAUUGUCUGAGGUAAAUAUUUUUUAGUGCAUAUUGAAUCAAAUAAAGUGCUCUAAAGAAAUUAUUAUACAAAUUC